GUGGCGCGCGCACACGGCUGAUCUGAUGACGUGGUGUCGUUCGCUCAGCUGCGCGAGAGGAUGGCGGACCAGAACAGGCAAAUCAAACUCGCUGCAGCUAAGAAAAAGCUGAAGGAGUUUCAGCAGAAGACGAUUCCAUCCACGGGAAGUGCCGGACCAAAGAAGAAGAGGAAGGUUAAAGGAGAUCAGACAGACGCUCCUGCUGACCGCCGCUCUCCAGAAAAUGUGAGUCAGAUUGAGAAUAUUCUCAAAGUUAUGGUGUCUGACCUUAGUCUGACUAAUGGAGUGUCUCAGCCUCCAUUUGUCAACAGCAGUCAGGAGCGUGUGGAUGUCUCGCAGGAGCUGGAGGAGGCCGGCGCUGAACACGUCUCUAACCCUGCUUCUGCUAUUAACACUGAUAACUCUGCACCGCAGAAUUAUCCAGCAGAUGCCAACGGCGAUGAACACCCCCUGGAAAACAACAGGCCGCUGUCGUCCACCGAAAGCCUCCGACAGCUCUCUCAGCAGCUCAACGGUCUGCUCUCUGAGUCAUCAACACACAUCAAUGGUGACAGCGAUCCACCCGCGGUCAAUGAGAAGGAGCUGGAGACUCGUAAUCAGGAGUUAUCCGCUGCUCUGGACUCCAGCGCUCUCACCAACACACAGCUCACGUCCAAACUGGAGACUCUGACGAAGCAGUCUCAGGAGCUCUCAGAUCAGCUGCAGAAGGAAAGGAAAGAGUUUGAGCAGAAGUUCACUAAGGAGCAGGGAGCGAUGCGAGAACAACUACAGGUCCACAUUCAGACCAUCGGCAUCCUGGUGUCUGAGAAAUCAGAGCUGCAGACGGCCCUGUCUUACACACAGCAGGCAGCGCGGCAGAAAGCAGCAGAGGCAGAGGAUCUGAGCUCGCGGCUGCAGGCCAGUAAGCAGCGAGUGUCUGAGUUAGAGAGAACACUAUCUUCAGUCUCUACACAGCAGAAGCAGCACGAGAGGCACAACAAAGAGCUGGAAAAGGAGAGAGACAGUCUACGGUUAGAGAUCAUCAGAUUUAAUAAUGUGAGUGAGGAGUCCAGGCAGCAGAGCUCUGAAUUAUCCGAGCAGCUGAAGCUGAGAGUGAAUGAAAACAGCGCUCUGAAACUGGAGCUGGAGGAUCUGCGCAAACGCCUGGAGAUGGCAGACGUCAUGCUGCAGCAGUUCUCCAGUCAGUCUGGUCCUCCAUCUGAACACCAGCAGCUUCAGCUCCUCCUGGAGGAAAAACACCAGUUAGAGAAUCACGCAACUCAGCUGAUGGAGUCGGUGGCUCAGCUGCAGGCGGAGAGAGAUCAGUACGCUGUACAGAUGCAGGAGGAUGGACGAGUGUGGAAGGACAAAACAGAGCAGCUCCUGUCUCAGGUGCGCUUGAUGUCAGAGGAGCGAGACAGCACUGCUGCUCAGAUUCUGGAGCUGCAGGAGAGGAUCAUGGAGCUGGAAAACACUGCAGCUGUGAUGAGCACAGAACAGGAGCCUCAGGCCUCGUCUCAGCUCUCAGGGCCCUCAGAGACUGAACUGGCCCUUCAGGAGACCCUCAGGAGUCUUCAGGAGGAGAGAGACGCUCUCAGUCUGCAGUUUCAGGCACAGGUGCGGGACAACGAGCAGCUGAGCCGUCUGGUGCAGGAACAGGAAGUGAAGCUGCAGGAGCUAGAGCGACAGGCUGAACGUGCCUCUGAAGACGCUCAGGAUCGCCUGCGGAUUCUGGAGGACGUUCAGAGCGAUAAAGCCACCAUCAGCAGAGCGCUGACCCAGAACCGAGAGCUCAAAGACCAGCUGGCCGAGCUGCAGAACGGCUUCGUCAAACUGACCAAUGAGAACAUGGAGCUGACCAGCGCUCUGCAGUCCGAGCAGCACGUGAAGAAGGAGAUCGCCCGCAAGAUGGGUCAGCUGCAGGAGGAUCUGCACAACGCCAAAGAGCAGCUGCUGGAGAGCUCGUCUGAACUGACGUCAGUGCAGGAGCAGCGGGAUCAGUAUCUGGCUCAUCUGCAGCAGUACAGCGCUGGAUAUCAGCAGCUGCUGGCGGAGCGAGAGCAUCUGCAGAAGCAGUUCCUGCAGCAGACGCAGCUGAUGGACCGGCUGCAGCACGACGAGGUGCAGGGCAAAGUGCAGCUGGAGCAGAGCCACAUGCAGCUGCAGGAGGUGCAGGAGAAGCUGAGCCGUCUGGUCCGAGACAACGAGGAGCUGAAAACGGAGGUGCAGGAGCUGCUGAACGGAUCCAUCAUGAACACAUCACACCGAGAUGAAGGUGAUGGGCUGGAGAGUCAGACACUCCCUGAGAGCUUCCAGAAAUCACAGAUUGCCAUACCUGAAGACUUUGAGAGCAGAGAAGAGAUGAAGGAGUUUAUCCACUCUGUGUUGUCGCGUGUGGAGGCGGAGCGAGAUGAAAUGAGCCGCCGGUUGGAGGAGGAGAGGAGAAUUCAUCAAGACACCCGGCAGCAGCUGACGGCCCUGAGCCACGAUCACCAUCAUCAUCAUCAUCACGAACCUCACAGCACGUGUGCAGAGACAGACGGCUCCGAGGGCGUCCCGGUGGAGGUGCACGAGGCUCUGCGAGUGGCGAUGGAGAAGCUGCAGGAGAGAUUCACUAAACUGAUGCAGGAGAAAGCAGAUCUGAAGGAGCGUCUGGAGGAGCUGGAGCACCGCUGCAUUCAGCUCUCCGGAGAAACUGACACUAUCGGUGAAUACAUCGCGCUGUAUCAGAACCAGAGAGCCAUCAUGAAGCAAAAGCACGUUGAAAAGGAGCAGUACAUUAACAUGCUGGCCAAAGACAAGGAGGAGAUGAAGACGAAGCUGGCGGAGCUGCAGGAUCUGGUGAUGCGUCUGGUGGGCGAGCGUAACGAGUGGUACAGCAGAUAUAUGAGCGCUGUGGGAAACCGGGAUCUGCUGAACUCUAAUGCGGAGCAGAUCCAUCCUGCAGAGAGACGCAUGGAGAUCAGCGGUGUGGACGCUCCAGCUGUUCUGGACAUGAGCACAGCAAUGGACGUGUCUUCAUCUCCUCAGUCCAGCACAGCAGAGAUUCAAUCCCAGAGUUCAGAACGGCCUGCAGCUGACCCAAUCUCCAGCCCGUCCCUGAGACCCCAAGAAGACGGGACAGCCCGCCAGAUCAUGCAGCUUCUCCAGGAGAUCCAGAAUCCUCAAUCCAGACCCGCUCCAUUCCUCGGAGAAAACCCCUGCAUCCCGUUCUUCUACCGGCCCGACGAGCACGACGAGGUCAAGAUCCUGGUGGUCUGAAUCCAGCAUUAUUAGGGACACAGACGUGCGUUUUCACUCAGUUUCUCUGGAUUUCUAGAGGAAUUCUGGACUUCUGAAGCUCUGUUUGGUUUGUGUGUCGAUUCAUACGGAUGCCAGCUCUUGCUGCUCUCGACUGAUUUGCAGAUUAGUUCACUUUAAGUGCAUUAGACAGAGUUUCCUGACAGAUCAGUGAUGAUUCAGAGCGGUAAGAUUCAUUGAUUCGGUCUGAAACGUUUGUUUAUUCAGUCUAAAUCAAUUCAUUUGUUUGAUUUGGAUCAAAUAUUUGUUUGGUUUGAAUCAUAUUCUUGCAUAGUCUGAAUCAAAUACUAGUUCAGUCUGAAUUGAUUGUCUAUAUGGUCUGAAUCAGUCGUUUGUUUGAUAUAAAUCAGAUAUUUGGUUCAGUCUGAAUCAAUUGUUUGGUUUGGUCUGAAUCAAAUGUUUGGUUUGGUCUGAAUCAAUUGGUUAUUUUAGUCUGGAGCAAAUGUUUGGUUUGGUCUGAAUCAAAUGUUUAGUUUGGUCUGAAUCAAUUGGUUAUUUUAGUCUGAAUCAAAUGUUUGGUUUGGUCUGAAUCAAUUGGUUAUUUUAGUCUGAAUCAAAUGUUUGGUUUGGUCUGAAUCAAUUGUUUGUUUUGUUCUGAAUCAAAUAUUUGGUUUGGUCUGAAUCAAAUGUUUGGUUUAUUCUGAAUCAAAUGUUUGGUUUUGUCUGAAUCAAAUAUUUGGUUUGUUCUGAAUCAAUUGUUUGUUCAGUCCAAAUCAAUUGGUUGUUUUUUUAUGAAUCAAAUAUUUGGUUUGGUCUGAAUCAAUUGGUUGUUUUAGUCUGAAUCAAAUGUUUGGUUUUGUCUGAGUCCAAUAUUUGGUUUGGUCUGAAUCAAUUGUUUGUUUUGUUCUGAAUCAAAUAUUUGUUUUGGUCUGAAUCAAAUGUUUGGUUUUGUCUGAAUCAAUUGUUUGUUCAGUCCAAUUUAAUUGUUUGUUUUGGUCUAAAUCAAGUGUCUGGUUUGGUCUGAAUCAAAUGAUUUGUUUUGGUCUGAAUCAAAUGUUUGAUUUGGUCUGAGUCAAGUAUUUUUUCCUGUCUGAAUCAAAUAUUUGUUCAGUCUGAAUCAAAUUUUUUCUUUGGCCUAAUUCAAUUGUUUUUUUAACUGAAUCAAAUGAUUGGUUUGGUCUGAUUCAGAUAUUUGUUCAGUCUGGAUCAAAUCUUUUUUUCUGUUUGAAUCUAAUAUUUGUUCCGGUAUGAAUCAACAAAUUUCUUCCAGUAUGAAUCAACUCUUUGUUCGCUCUGAAUGAAUUUGUUACGUAAUAAACUGGCACACUAACUAGGGCAUCGUGAUGAAGCAGCUCUGGACUAGGACGAUGAUAAGUGUUCAUGAUCAAGUGUUUGUUUGCUUGAAAGCAUGUAGGGCAGUGUUGAGAAAGUUCUGAAUCAGCUGAGUUGAGUGUUUAAUGGAUCACAUUGUAGGUUAGAAGCGAGUCUAAUGUGAGCUGAGGCUGGUUUUCAUUGAGCAUUAUUAUUUUUGGAGACGUGUAAUGACGUUAUGUUCCUCCCUGCAGACACACGAGCACCUUGUGUUUUCUUCCUCAGAUGUUGCCUAUUGUUUGUGUCGAACUCUAUGACGCCUGUAUUCGUCAGCUGAGAGUUUCCUGCGUCGUGAUUGGAUGAUGAGAAUGAAUGCGAGCUGUAUAUAAAUAUAUAUAUAUUAGAGAAAAUGGUUUGUAUAAUUCCUCUUACAUGAGCAGAGCUUGAGUUCAUCUCCAUUAAACAUCAGACACUUCACCGCAUUAUGGUUAUCGGUGAUUUUAGGAACACUUUCUAUGAAGAAACCCUUUUGUUAUGAUAAGUGAUGAGUUAUGCUUGGCUUACAAGAGUGUAAUGCAUUGCUUAAAGAGACAGUUCACCCAAAAAAAGACUGUAAUGCAUUUCUUUUUUCUGCUGAACACAAAAGAAGAUAUUUUGAAGAAUGUUAUUAUGAUAUUCAUCCACUUCCAUAGUAGGAAAAACAAAUACUAUGGUAGUCAAACAUUCUUCAAAAUAUCUUAACAUUUUUGGAAUUUUGAGUGUACUGUCCCUUUAAGAGCGUUUCAUUUAAAGUAUAUGCAUAUCAUAGUCUAUCACAUUUACAUAUUUUCCCAAAUGCAUUCAUUAUUAAUUAUGAAGUGCAUUGAUAUUCUGCUCUGGCUUCAUGGAAAGUGUUUGUGACUGGAAGAGAGUUGAUUGUUUACAUCUGAAGAAUACUGUAUAUCCGGUCUGCAGUACCGCGGUAUUUCACUGGGCUGUACUCCAAAGCACUUUUAUUAGCAUUGGCAUCUGUUAUUGGUCUUUCUUUGGUGCGCGGGCUUCAGUCAGGCGUGUGUGUGUGUGUGAGUGUGUUCAUGUAGAGGUGUAAAUAGUGUAUCUGUGUAUUAUACUGUAUAUUGACUGAAGGAUGAUGCUGGGGAGGCUGGAGGACGGCAGGUUUGUGUGCUUUCUUACUAUACAGCUGAACUAAAGCAGAAUUUAUUUAUUUGGGAUGAUGAUGAUGAUGAUGAUGAUUACACACUAAUGGGUUUUAAUUUCCACUGAUGUUGGAUCACAGCGAAUGAAGGAGUAAUAAUGACUAGUUUGAUUUUUUUUUCCUCCUAAAUAAAUCUGAUUGAGCAAAAUUG